AUGGCCACUCCAACGGAGCGAACAUUCCUCCAGAGAUCCACAUUACUGCCCGUCUUUCCGCUGGAACUCUGGGAUAUCAUCAUUGAAUACCUACAUGAUGAAGAAUCUGCCCAACAUCUGAGCCGACUUGCUCAAACAUGCCCCGCGCUUUAUUCUAGAAUUGAUCCCCAGCUCUACAACAAACCCGUACGCCUGUUCAAUUCAGAAAGCGGUGCUCGUCUUGCUCUCACGAUAGAGAAGCGUCCAGAGUUAGCACCAUUUAUUCAUGAAAUUCGACACAAGCAAGAUGCUGGGUCAGAAUUCUGGUCUCACCGUCAUCUCAAGUUCUACAAGAUGGCUGUGACUUUGCCGAAUCUGGAGAACUUGAGUUUGAGAAAAAAUCCCAGGCCCUUUGAUUCUACUCGGUGGGCUAGUACACAUGCCAGAGAUGACGCCAUGUUGCAAUGGGUGAAAAGGAUUGGCUCUGAAUCAGGGAGCGUCAAAGAGUAUCGAGAGUUGGGAUAUGGACCUUCAGGAGAAUCGUCGUUCAGUCCUCCAGAUCACGAGCUGACUCUCAUGCGAGACAGCGCGGCCGAAACUUUGUUCUGGCACGCUUCUCUUCAAAACCCACCGGGGCUGCCCGCUCUGCGCGUUUGUCACAUCGGAAGCGACUAUGAUCAUAACGAGCACAAUCCUAAGAUGGACGGCAGAUGCCUACCAAUUUUCAACGAAGCACUCUUCUAUCAUCCAGGCUUACGAAAGCUCUGUAUCACUGGCGCUACUUGUCAAAUGUCCCAAUCUAGCCCUAUACCUUCGAAAUUAUCUACAUCCCCUCUGGAGGAACUGACCCUUUUGAACUGCGUCAUAGACCCGUUUGACCUCCAAACAGCGCUCGAGUAUCCAAAAGCCUUGAAGCGGUUCACAUUUAGAGGUCCUAGGUCACAGGAGAUGCUAGACCAUGAAGGAGAAACCCAAUGUUACAUUCAAUCGGUGCUCGAACACGCCAGUUCCCUGGAAUACAUAGAUUACGAUCUUUACUGGGGAGGUGAUGAGGAGACAGACUUUGGUGAACUAGUCCGCCUCAAGCAUCUCACAACAACCCUCGCCACCCUUACAGGGAGGGAAUGCCUAGAACUGGAUCCUCUGGAUGAUAUUCUCCCGCCGAGCCUCGAAAGUCUUACGAUACGAUACGAUGAAGUGAAGGCCUGGCUUCCUUCGGCUAUCUACGAGAUGGUAAAAGAAGAAAAGCUCCCAAACCUGCGUCGCUUUACCUGCGAGGUACCGGAAAUCAUGGAGCACCUUCCAUCAAUCAAUGAAAACAAGUUCAACCCCCCCGCAACCGAGAUAUGUCAGGAGGGCAACACUUGGAAAAGCAAGUUUGCGGAGCUAAAUGUGGAGAUGUCUAUGGCCUCUGUUCCUUAUCCUCUUGAUCUGCCCAAAUACGACGUGUGUUCUUGCGAAUGCCUGUCAUUUUAUCAUCGCAUGUUCUACCAUCCCCGUAGACGACUGGCACCUCCCUGGGAGGAAAACGACUUCGGAGAGGAGGACGUGUUUUUUGAUGAUUGGGCCGAUAUCGAUGAUGAAAUGGCUCUUGAUGCUCUUAUGGAUGACCUUGCGGAGCAGUCUGGAUCUGACGUCUCGGCUUGA